CACGUGACCGCAGGAGUUACCGGUAUCACGUGAGCCCUGUCCCUGUGUCCGCUGUGGUGAGGAGUGUGUGAGGAGUGUGUGGAGUGUGUGAGGAGGAUGCUCCUCGGUGUGUUCGCUGUUCGGGAGCUCGGGUCCAGCUGAGAGGCGGAGGACGGGACGAGAUCGAAGCAGGUUGCAGUGUUUGUUCCUCCACCAUCUCAAAGACAGAAUGGAGAACGGUUCAGGUUCUGGUGUAUUAAACAGACAGCGCUCUGGAGGAACAGAAGCGUCUCAGUCCAGAGAGAAGAUGCAGCUGAAGAAGGAGAUCUCGCUCCUGAACGGCAUCAGCCUCAUCGUGGGGAACAUGAUCGGCUCUGGGAUCUUCGUCUCUCCCAAAGGUGUGCUGAUGUACAGCACCUCCUACGGGCUGUCGCUGGUCAUCUGGGCCUUUGGGGGAAUCUUCUCCGUCGUCGGCGCUCUGUGUUACGCUGAACUGGGAACCACCAUCACCAAGUCAGGUGCCAGUUACGCCUACAUCCUGGAGUCGUUCGGAGGUUUCCUGGCGUUUAUCCGUCUCUGGACGUCGCUCCUCAUCAUCGAGCCCACCAGCCAGGCCAUCAUCGCCAUCACUUUCGCCAACUACCUGGUGCAGCCGCUGUUCCCCACCUGCGAGUCACCGUACUCCGCCUCCCGCCUCAUCGCCGCCGCCUGCAUCUGUUUGUUGACGUUCAUUAACGCAGCGUAUGUGAAGUGGGGCACCAGAGUGCAGGACAUCUUCACCUACGCUAAAGUUCUGGCGCUCAUCGUCAUCAUCAUUACAGGCCUGGUGAAGCUGUGUCAGGGUCACACAGGAAACUUUGAGGGUUUCUUCCAGGGGUCAUCUCAUGACCCGGGAGGCAUUGCCCUAGCCCUGUACUCCGCCCUGUUCUCCUACUCGGGCUGGGACACACUCAACUUUGUCACUGAGGAAAUCAAGAACCCUGAGAGGAAUCUUCCUCUGGCUAUCGCCGUGUCCAUGCCCAUCGUCACCAUCAUCUACAUCCUGACCAACGUGGCCUACUACACCGUGCUGGACAUGAGCUCCAUCCUGGCCAGUGACGCCGUGGCUGUGACAUUUGCUGAUCACACUUUGGGUGUAAUGAGUUGGACAAUCCCCAUUGCUGUGGCUCUGUCCUGCUACGGUGGACUGAAUUCCUCUAUCAUUGCAGCGUCCAGGCUUUUUUUUGUUGGAGCUCGUGAGGGUCAUCUCCCUGAUGCGUUAUCAAUGAUCCAUGUGCAAAGGUUCACGCCUGUUCCUGCGCUGCUCUUCAAUUGUGCCAUGGCUCUGAUCUACCUGACCGUACAGGACGUGUUCCAGCUGAUUAACUACUACAGCUUCAGCUACUGGUUCUUUGUCGGUUUGUCCAUCGCCGGACAGAUCUACUUGCGGUGGAAAGAACCAGACAGACCGCGGCCUCUGAAGUUGUCGUUGGUGUACCCCGUGGUGUUCUGCUUCUGUACGGUGUUCCUGGUUGCGGUUCCUCUCUACAGCGACACGCUCAACUCCCUAAUCGGCAUCGCCAUCGCUCUCUCCGGCAUUCCCGUCUACUUCCUGGGCGUUCAUCUCCCCGAGUCCAAACGGCCGCCGUUCAUCACCACACUGCUGCGUUCGGUCACUCGAUUCACUCAGUUUACGUGUUUCUGCGUGCUGACUGAGAUGGACCCGGUGGAUUAAAUCCUCCAUCCAUCGUGAAAGAACUGCUGUAUCAGCUCAGUGUGUGUCUGAGACCUACACACACACACAGAGUGCAGGACACUGCCAGUCAUGUGACCCAGGGUGUGUCCUCCUCUCAGGGAUAAGUGUGAGGGUCUUAUUGAGGAUGUAAGCUGAUGGAUUUCUGAUCGUCUUCCUGGAACUUAUUUCUCAGUCUUCGUGUCGAAAAUCGAACUUUUUACAGGUUCUUGAUUUGAUCCUGAAGUUAUUUAUUAGCUGCUUUUAUUUGAGAUGUUUUGGAUAUUUUGAGGAAAAUCUGAGCAAGUGAAAAUAUCUCGAGUUUAAUCCAGAGUAAAUUAAUUUCAUAUUACAACAAAGUAUAAGAUUAUUAAACAAAAACAAAUCAGUUAUCUGCAAGAAAACAAUAAAAUCUAAAGCUCUAAAUCAAAGUGUCUAAUCAGCUGAUGAAUAAUACAUAAGAAUCAGAUAUUAAUUAUAUAUUUAUUUAUAUAUUCCUAUUGAAGAUAUUUUCACCUGAUUUAACUUUUUUUACAGUGUGUUUUGUGUUGAGAAUUUUAUUUUGUGAUGUAAUAAGUUGUGGGUGUGGUUUUGGAAAGGGAAACGCUUGACCACAAGCCUUAUGCUACUUUUUUUGUUUUUUAAUAAGAGAAAUGUGUGUUUUCACAUCAUGUGUUGGGUGUUUGAUCAGGUUCUGCAGGUGAGAACGGAGAGAGAGGUUCGUCACUAAACUCUCCUGAACCAAUCGUUUUAUUUCUUUGUAAACGAGGCACUGCCUUGCCCUCGUCCUCCUGCCUUUAUUCCUGCUCUGCUUUUUGGAAAAUCCUGAAUCUGAUUCAGAGGAACUUCUGGUUCCAGUUUUUAACUGCAGUGUGAUCAGGAAUGUGUGAAGAUACACUGUUUAGAGAGGAGUGUGUGUGUUGAACAUGAGUCUUUGUUCCUAAUAUCGUACGCUGAUUUCCUGAUUUUAUUCUCAGUCACUUUCAUUAAGUGUAAUUAAGAGACCUUUUAUUUAUUCGACAUUUUGCUUCAAUAAACACUUCUGAAUUUUGGUUUAUACAUA